CGCUCGCUCCCUGUGUCACUUCCGGAGGUUCGGUGAGGGGGAGGCUUGUUUCGCGGGAGCGUUUCCCGCCCUGUGAUAAACAGCUGAUCGAGCAGGUGAGUUCCGAACUUCACCGAAACGGGACGAUGAUCAAAACCGAGAAGGUUCUGCACCUGAAGAGCAGCCGAGGCCGGAAAGUCCGAGUGGUCCGUGAACACUACCUGAGGGAGCGCGUGCCCUGCUGCAGCUGCGCGUGUCAGGCGGCCUGUGACAACGAGGGGAAGCUGCUCCCUGCAGACCUCACUCACUAUGUGGUGCCGGACGUCGGGGUGGUGGUCGACUACCUGGAGAUCCUGGAGUUCAGAGAACUGCAGGGAAUCAUCUUCACACAGACCUCGUGUCAGGCUGUGCAGCACAGCAAAGGACGCAGGCAGUACAACCGUCUGCGGAACCUGCUGAAAGACCCCCGACACGACUGCGUGCUGUUUGCCAACGAGUUUCAGGAGUACUCGUACUGUCCCAGGGAGAAGGGCGAGAGCCAGGACAAGUGGCAGAGCCGGUGUGUGUACUCUGCAGCAGUGUGGUACUUUAACCACCUGGCAGGAUUGAUGGAUAUCGUGAUGAUCACAGACGACCAGGAAGCUGUGACUCGGUACAGCAGCCUCAACCCUGGAGUGUACGUCAUCUCCGUCCAGGAGUAUUUGCAGAACUUCUGGCCCGAGUUGCGAGCGGCUCACGAGCUGUACGUCUCCGUCUGUCAGGCGCUGCAGGAGAAGGAGAGUGGGGGGAGGGAGGGAGAGUUCGCCGAGCAUCUCCCGCCUGAAGUCCUGGAGGCGGGCAUCAAGUCCGGACGCUACAUUCAGGGGACUCUGAACGUCAGCAAACACCGAGCACAGACGGAAGCUUUUAUCAGGACGGAGGACUUUUCCAACAAGAGCACAGGCAGUUGGUGCGUGUUGGUGCCCGGCGAUAAGAAUCGAAACCGAGCGAUGCACUGCGACGUGGUUGUGGUGGAGCUGCUGCCGAAGAACGAGUGGAGAGGGAAGAUCUCGACCCUGACGGAGGCUCAGGGGGAGGAGAAGAGCGGAGAGAGCGGCGACAGCCAACCACUGCCGACAGGCCGUGUAGUCGGGAUCCUGCAGAGGAACUGGAGGGACUACGUGGUCACGUUCCCCCCCCGCGACGGGACUCAGCCCCAGAGCAGGAAUUCCCAGAGAAUCUUGGCUGUGCCCUGGGACCAUCGCAUCCCCAAGAUCCGCAUCAGCACGCAGCAGGCCGACGCUCUGCAGGACCACAGAGUGAUGGUGCGCAUUGACUCGUGGGAAAGCACGUCGCUCUACCCGAACGGCCACAGCGUGCGGGUCCUGGGUCGAGCUGGAGAGCUGGAGACCGAGGUCCAGACCAUCCUCAUCGAGAACUGCAUCCACGUGCCUCCGUUCUCAGAUGCACAGCUGAAGGAGAUGCCGGUCAGCUCCCCUGAGAAGCCGUGGCAGGUGGAUCCCGUCCAGGUGGCGGAGCGGCGGGACCUCAGGGACAGUCACCUGGUGUUCAGCGUCGACCCAAAGGGCUGCGAGGACGUAGACGACACGUUGUCGGUGCGAAGCUUCGCCGACGGGAAGCUGCUGGAGCUCGGUGUCCACAUCGCUGAUGUCACCCACUUUGUCAGCGAGGGAUCACUCACCGACCUGGAAGCACGAACCAGGGCUACGACGUACUACCUGGCGGACCGCAGGUACGACAUGCUGCCUGCGGUGCUCAGUGCAGACCUCUGCUCUCUGCUGGGAGGAGUCGACAGGUAUGCGAUGAGCGUGCUGUGGGAGCUCGACGCACACACCCUCGCCGUCAACCAGGUGUGGUUCGGUCGCACAAUAAUCCGCUCGUCCUACCAGCUGCACUACGAGCUGGCCCAGGCGCUCCUCAACGGAGAGCAGGCGGAGGUGGCGGAGCUGGGGCAGCUUGGCUCUGAGGAGAAGGCUGUGAAGCUGUCCGAACUCACCCAGGCCCUGGAGACGCUCACACAUGUAGCCAGACACCUCCGAGCGCAGAGGGACCGAGGAGGAGCGCUGGAGCUGGAGGGGGUGGAGGUUCGCGCCCAACUGGAUGAGGACGGGAACAUCACGGCCCUGGUCCCCCGUCAGCCGCUGGAGGUCCACGAGACCGUGGCAGAGUGCAUGAUUUACGCCAACCACUGGGUAGCGCGCAAGAUCCAGGAGUCCUUCCCUCAUCAGGCGCUGCUGAGGUAUCACCCGCCGCCACGGCAGGAGUUCUUCAGUCAGCUGGUGGAGAGCGCCAAGGCUGGAGGAUACACCAUCGACACCAGGACCAACAAGGCUUUAGCUGACUCCCUGGACCGAGCGGUGGAUCCCCAGGACCCGCUGGUGAACAGGCUGCUGAGGAUGAUGACCACCCAGGCCAUGUCCGAGGCUCUGUACUUCUCCACUGGUGCUCAGUCCGUGGAUCAGUUCUACCAUUACGGUCUGGCUCUGGACCGCUACACCCACUUCACCUCCCCCAUUCGACGCUACGCCGAUGUCGUGGUCCACCGCCUUCUCUCCGCAGCCCUCACCGCGGAGACGGGAGGGGUCCCCGGCAGAGCUUUAUCCAGUAACAAGCAACUGGAAGAAAUGGCUCAGCAUAUCAACAACAAGAAUAGGGCAGCCAAGCGAGCGCAGAAGAUCUCCACAGAGCUGUUUCAGUGUCUCUACUUCAAAGAGAGAGAUCCUCAGACUGAUCAGCGCUGCGUGGCCGACGCCGUCAUCUACUCCAUCCGAGACAACGGCGUGUUGGUGUUUGUCUCAGAGUACGGCGUGAAGGGGCCGGUGUAUAUGAAGAAUCGGGAGGGCCAGGUAGUGGCGGCAGGACCGGACGGCAGCUGCGAGUGGCAGAGCGGCUCAGUGCGACGCUUCUCCGACCACAUCACCACCACCUCCAGCUGCGGCACAUCCACCUUCAGGCUGUUUGACCACGUCACUGUUCGUAUUUCUGUCCACUCCUCCCAUUGCCACGCCGACCGGCUAAACCUGGAGGUGGUCAGCAACCAGCCGUACCGCAGCGCCGCCACCCAGCAGCCCAGCUCCCAGGGCCGCAGCCAGCUGGUGCAGGAGGUGGUGCGUCUGGCCGAGGAGGCGUAUCAGCAGGCCCAGGAGAAGGCGGCCCGGCGGCCCAAACUCUCCAGAGAGGAGAGAGAGUUCAGUCAGAGCAAAACUCCCAAUCUGUACUCGCUGCUGGAGGAGGUUCGAGAACUGGCACUAAUGGACCCGGACAUGAUCCCUCAGGUCUGUGCAUCAACGGCUUAGAGCAGCACGGAGAGAAGAGGACUCACACGUGAUGGAGGACGACUGUGAACGUACAUUACAUAUCAGUAAAGAUAUCAACGAACAAAUAUUUACAUGAAGCAGAAGAGACUUUAUUCUCUUUCUUUUUAGAAUCAGCACCAGUGUGUUUUUAUUAUCUGUAAUCUUUUAUCAACCAAAUAAAGAUGUUUGACGUGAGGUGCUCACAAGACUUUC